AUGGCUUUAUUCGAAUCUUCACCGAAAAAUAUAUUCAUUAUACUAUGUAUAGUUGGAUUAUUUGGAAUAAUUACAUUUAUACUUUCUGCUGCUACACUAGGUACUCUAAAUAGACGUUUUAAUUCUAUAUCUUCGACAACAGCAAGUAGCAAACCAAAACUUAAUUCAGUUCUAGCUGAAACAAUUCGUAUCGAUGAUCUUAUGAAUCAUUUAAAACAAUUUCAACGUAUUGCUGAUGAAUCAAAUGGUAAUCGAGCUAUAAAUACGAGAGGAUUUAAUGAAACUGUUAACUAUAUCUAUAACUAUCUACAAAAUCAAGUUAGAGGCUUGAAAAUUAAACGAGAAACGUUUCAAAUACGAAAUUUUGCUCUUGCAAAAGAUCCAAUUUUGCUCUCGUUGAUCAAUGGUACAGUGAAAAAUUUUACAUAUUCAUUGAAUCUUGCUAGAUCUGAAUUCACUUAUGUUAAUUACUCGACUUCAACUAACUUCACGGACUAUGUUCGUGUUAUCAAUAUUCCAAAUCUUGGAUGCACAGCCGAUGAUUGGAAGAAUGUAUCAGGUCUUGUUGCAUUAGUGAAAGGAGGAGGUACAUGUACAUAUGCCGAAAAAGGUAUUCUUGCUGCGAACAGUGGUAUCAGAGCUUUACUCUUUUAUAAUCAUGGUGAAAAAUUUUAUAGUCUUGCUCCAAUUAUUACGCGCCUUCGUUAUAACAAUCAAUUACCUGCACUUUUCCUAUCGUAUGCUGCUGGACAAGCGCUAGCAGAUGCAGCAUUAGUAGGAGCAACUGUCAAACUUCAAAUCGAACUACAAAAUUUAGGAACAUAUCCAGUUGAUAAUAUUUGUGCGGAUACUAUAAAUGGUGAUCCAAAACAAACUAUUGUUGUCGGAAGUCACAGUGAUGGUGUUCAAGUUGGACCAGGCAUUAAUGAUAACGGUAGUGGUACUGCAGCUAAUCUAGUUUUAGCAACUAAUUUGGCACGUCUUUAUCAAACAACAACAUAUAUUAAAUAUAAAUAUCGUAUUCGUUUUUGUUGGUGGGCUGCUGAAGAGAUUGGUUUAGCUGGAUCAAGUUAUCACGUACAAAAUGCUCGGAAUGCGACCGCUGUAGGUGAACGUCUUCAAGAUUAUUUGCUCAAUCUUAAUUUUGAUAUGGCAGGUUCACCUAAUUUUAUAUUUGGAAUCUAUGAUGCUAAAACAGCUAUAAAUGGCACACCAUCAAGCGCACUUCCUGGUAGUACGAAGAUCACAGAACUCUAUCGUGAUUGGUUUAUUAAACAAAACUUACCAUGGGAUUUUAGAGAUUUUAACGGUCGAAGUGAUUAUGGUCCGUUUCUAACUGCAGGUAUAGCUGCUGGUGGUGUAGCAACCGGUUCCGAUGCCUUAAAAACAGCAACACAACGUGAGAAAUAUCAGCAAUCUGUAGGAAAAGAUAAUGCUGGUUUUGCUGGAGCCGCACUUGAUCCAUGUUAUCAUCAACCGUGUGAUACUUUAAAGAAUAUUCAUUUAUUUGGCUAUGAAAAGCUCGUUCAAGCAGCCGCAUAUGGAUUGGAAUUUUUAGGACAACAUGAAAAUUUACUUACAUGGCUUUAUCCAGAUGGACGAUUAUAA